CUCGCCCCGCCUGCUCCGCUCUCACUAUGUCUGAGACCGCGCCGCCCGUGCCGGCCACCUCCACUCCCCCCGAGAAGCCUGCGGCUGGCAAGAAAGCCAAGAGGCCGGCCAAGGCUGCGGCUGCUGCCAAGAGGAAGCCCGCGGGCCCCUCCGUGUCGGAGCUGAUCGUGCAGGCGGUGUCGUCUUCCAAGGAGCGCAGCGGCGUGUCCCUGGCCGCGCUCAAGAAGGCGCUCGCGGCCGCCGGCUACGACGUGGAGAAGAACAACAGCCGCAUCAAGCUGGGCCUCAAGAGCCUGGUGAGCAAGGGCACCCUGGUGCAGACCAAGGGCACCGGCGCCUCGGGCUCCUUCAAGCUCAACAAGAAGGCGGCCUCCGGGGAGGCGAAGGCCAACCCCACGAAGGUGGCGAAGGCCAAGGUGACAGGCGCUUCCAAGAAACCUAAGAAGGUCACAGCGACUGUUAAAAAAGCUGUUAAGACUCCGAAAAAGGCCAAAAAGCCGGCUGUAGCCAAGAAGUCGUCCAAGAAGCCCAAGGUUGUGAAGCCUAAGAAAGUAGCCAAGAGCCCUGCCAAGGCCAAGGCUGUUAAGCCCAAGGCGGCCAAGGCGAAGGUGACCAAGCCAAAGACGGCAGCCAAGCCCAAAAAGGCCGCACCCAAGAAAAAGAUAAUGCAAACAAGUUCUCUACCGCUGUUCAUUUAGCAGUCUGUCCUGGAUCUUUGGCUGUAAUGGGACCCAGAGCUCUCCAUCUCUUUCCACAGGGAUUACAAACAAUGCCGUGAACAUUCCUGCACGUGUGUUUUGGCACCUAUGUGGACACAGUUCUGGAGCUCCACGACUGAUGUUCACGUGGCUGACCCGCCGUCCUCAGCCCCCCUGGAGGAAGAGCAGAUCCUGUGUGGCCCAAAGCUCCCAUUAGGAGUUAUACUGUUGACUGUUCAGUGGCCAAGGCCACCAGGCCCUGGAAAGAUACCUGGCUUCCCAUGGCUCGUCACCCUGGCUGGUCUGGCCAUCCUCCUCCAGGACAGAGCUGGGGUUGGAAGACCACCAGAGGACAGAUACUUACAGAAUCCGAUGUCCCGAGGGAGAACCUGCGGACCAGCUAACAGGAAGGAGGGGACAGAAACUGCCCAGGACUCAAAGGGGGGGGGAGGGGCAGAGAACGAAGCUCAGACACCCGCUCUAGCAUUUCCUGGCCACUGAUCUUUGACAAUCGGCUUCAUGUCUCAUAGGUCUGGAAUUCUUGGCUACAAACUGGAGUUUCACAGCAUCCCCUACCUCACAGGAGUAGAUCAUUUACACGGAACAAGAACGACAAAGAGGGCCGCUAGCUGAGUGGGGGCUACACACACCGCUCGCCAGGGCCACCUGCUAAGCCUUCAGGCAUUUUAAGAGCUGCUUGUUUAAACUCAACGAUUAUUAAAAACUGAAUUAUAUAAACUUACAAUUAAAUAGCUUAUAUAAAAAGCAAAGUUAAGGGCGCCUG